GGGGAAAGCACCGAGCGCAUGGGGAGGUAUAAUUGCGCGGGCAGGCGCUGGUGGAGGAGAACGCCCCAGAGCUGAUGGCCGGAACACGGAUCGUAGAUCGAAGCCUCCUGUGGUACUCGGCGCUGCUCACCGUCCUGCUGGUCUGUUCCAACCUUGCGCUGGGCUUGUAUUUCCGCAGGCUCGGACUCCAGUGCUUCCACUUCCCAGCACUGAGGCCCGCAAACUGCAGUCACGAGUUCCCCAGAAGCCCAAUACGGAUCAUAGACACACCAGGAGGAGAUCUCAUCGAGAAGCCGGCAGCUCAUCUCACAGGUUGUUCGGGCGGAGGGAACCAGAGCGAGGUGACGACUCCUGGCCUGCAGGCGCUGCGCUGGGACUUCAGCAAGGGGACGGCGUACACGAACAUGGUCUAUGCCGACGGCCAGCUGCACAUCCCCCGCCAGGGGCUCUACUAUGUCUACUCACAGGUGGCCUUCUACCUGGCGUGCGAGGAGUGGGGUACGCAGGGGGCAGGCGUCGUGCUGGUCCACAACAUCUACAGGUGGAGUGACACCUACCCGGAGCCCAUCGCGCUGCUCACCGCCACCAAGUCUGCCUGCGGCGGCCGCGGGGACUGGCACGCCACCAUCAGCCAGGGCGGCCUCUUCUACCUCCACCCCACGGACAGGCUCUUCGUGACCGUCAGCCAGCCAGCCUCUGUGCAGCGCCAGGAGCAGAGGACUUUCUUCGGGGCCUUCAUGGUGUGAGAGCGUGGUUUCCCGGUGUUUCCCCCGAAGCCUCCUUGCGUCAUUGGUCCUGUGGGGGGUAUGGGGGAGGGGAGGGAGGCAGCUCGGCAGGGAAGAGAUUGUGUGCUCAGCAUGGGAACAGGCCCUUCAGCCCAGCAAGUCAGUACAAGCCCUAUAGGAGUGGAAUUAGGACGCUCGGCCCGUCCAAUGUAUUUCCUCCCAUUCUCUGGUCUUCCUCUCUCAACACAUCCAUUGUUAAACCUUAAACACACCCACAGCCCUCUCACAAAUCCUAUGCGCAUAAACCUAUUUUAUUCCCCCAUCCCCAUCACGUUCUCAACAGAACCCACCCCCAAAAUUCUCCCACCCACCAACACAUUCCCCCCUUUACCCCCCUUUCCCCCACUUCAAAAAUCAAGUUUGCUGACUGUUAAAUCAGGGCGAGGGAUGAAGUCCAGACCACGGGGUGAGGGUGGGUGUGUAACGCGGGGGUCACUAAGCCCCUGCAGGGACACUGGGCGGAGCAUACCGAUGUCUACGGCCUAGUGCUGUUACCUGCACCUGAGGCUGGCCGGAUCCAGAGUUGCACAAGGCCCGGCACAAGGUUAAAGAGAUGCAUUAAUUUCCAACCAACGAGAAAACAGCUGGAAGAACUUACCCAGUCGAGCUGUAGCUGUGGGUUUGACAUUUCGGAUCAAAAUCCCGCGUCCGACUGGGAGCAUAGAGGGGAAUGGCCGAUGUAAAGAGGUGGGAGGGACUGAGAGAUGAACAGGAGGGGGUGAUAUUGGUGUUGGUUUAUUACUGUCACAUGUACAAUGAAAAGUUUGUCUUGUGUGCUGUUCCUAUUGUUACGUAGCCCGUAACUGGGUUGCCAAACCAGCAGAAAUGGACCACUUAGUUGGAGUCUGGAUUACUGGAACUAAGAAAGUUUUAUUAAAGA